GAACUGCGGAGACUAGCUAGAGGCAAAGGAAGGGGCUGGGCUUGAGAGCAGAGGCAUACUACUGAAGAGUGAGGAAGCUGAUUGAAUGUCAUACUUCUUCAAAAAUUAAAUGAAGCGAAAAGGGGAGAACAGCUGCAGGGAAAUAGUUACAGAGGUGGAUACAAGGGCAUACUUGGGGCCAGGGCUGGGUUCCAGACCCUAAGUUUAGCUCCGCACAGGGCCAGAAUGAACUAGAGCUCAGGAACCUGACGCCGCGGCCGGGGCGCCAGGCCCUUGCCCUACGGUGCCAGGGCGGCCUUGGUAGGCAGUUGGGAGUGGCGCCCUGCUGGGCCUCAGCGCCCACCUGUCGCGGCCCGUUUUCCGCUGCUGACCAGGUCAGGCUGGGGCGCCCUGCCGGGGCUAAGGGAGAGGGGCUACAGCAGGGAGCCCGCCAGCCUAGGUGCGGGCUGAGGGAGCUCGAAGCGUAGGCGUGGGGGCGCUGUCCGGAAUUGGGACGGCCGGGGUAGUUAAGCCAGCCCUCCCCGCCAGCCCUUUGCUCCCGGCACCUCCCAGCCGGGGCUCCUCAGCCCACUUCAGGGUCAGCCCCGCCCUUCCUCUCCCUGUGGCGUUCGGAUCCCUGCCCGGGCCGUCCGGCUGCGAGCCGUGUGCUGCAGAGUCCAAGGUCUCCCCGGAGCCGCUCGGAGAGCGCCGAGGGCGCCCAUGGCGGCAGUAGGGCCGCGGACUGGCCCGGGUGCGGCGGCUGAGGCCCUGGCGCUGGCCGCAGAGCUGCAGGGCGAGGCGACGUGCUCCAUCUGCUUAGAGCUCUUCCGGGAGCCGGUGUCCGUCGAGUGUGGCCACAGCUUCUGCCGCAGCUGCAUAGCGCGCUGCUGGGAGCAUCCGGGAGCAGGGCCCACGGCCGGAACCCGGGCGCCGCCCUGCCCACUGCCCUGCCCUCAGUGCCGCGAGCCCUCACGCCCCAGCCAGCUGCGCCCCAACCGGCAGCUGGCCGCAGUCGCCACGCUGCUCCGGCGCUUCAGCCUGCCGGCGGCCGCCUUCAACAAGCGAGCCCCUCCGGAGGCUGCGGCCUCGGCCUUGGCUGUCCGAUGUACACAGCACGGGGAGCCUCUCAAGCUCUACUGCCAGGACGAUGGACGUGCCAUUUGCGUGGUGUGCGACCGUGCCCGCGAGCACCGUGCACAUGCAGUGCUGCCCCUUGACGAGGCGGUGCAAGAGGCCAAGGAGCUCUUGGAUUCCAGAUUGAGGGUCUUGAAGAAGGAUCUGGAGGACUAUGAGGUGUUUCGGUCUGCAGAAGAGAAGGAGAGCAAGGAGUUACUGAAGCAGAUGGCAGCAGAGAGAGAGAAGGUAGGGGCAGAGUUCCAGGCACUGAGGGCCUUCCUGGUGGAACAGGAGGGUCGGCUCCUGGGCCGGCUGGAGGAGCUGUCCUGGGAAGUGACACAGAAGCAAAAUGAGAACAUGGCCCAGCUGGGAGGUGAGAUCACUCAGCUUUCCAAACUCAGCAGCCAGAUCCAGGAGACAGCUCAAAAGCCUGACCUUGACUUCCUCCAGGAAUUCAAGAAUGCACUAAGCAAAUGCAGCAAUGUUCCUGCCCCUAAACCAACUACAGUCUCCUCUGAGAUGAAGAAUAAAGUCUGGAAUGUUUCUCUCAAGACCUUCAUCUUAAAAGGGCUGCUGAAGAAGUUCAAAGAGGACCUUCAAGGGGAGAUGGAGAAAGAGGAGAAAGCGGAGCUCACCUUGGACCCUGACACAGCCAACCCUCGCCUCAUCCUGUCUUUGGAUCUUAAAAGCGUGCGCCUUGGACUGCGGGCUCUGGAUCUGCCCAGUCACCCUCGCCGCUUUGAUACCAACACUCGCGUCCUGGGAUCUUGUGGUUUCUCCUCUGGGCGUCACCACUGGGAGGUGGAAGUGGGCUCGAAGGAUGGCUGGGCCUUCGGGGUGGCCCGUGAGAGUGUGCACCGCAAGGGUCUCACACCUUUCACCCCCGAAGAAGGUGUCUGGGCACUGCAGCUCAACAACGGACAGUACUGGGCUGUCACCAGCCCUGAGCGGACGGCCCUUAGCUGUGGGCAUCUGUCACGAGUGCGGGUGGCCCUGGACCUGGAGGUGGGGGCCGUGUCUUUCUAUGCUGUGGAGGACAUGCGCCACCUCUACACCUUCCGAGUCAACUUCCAGGAGCGUGUGUUCCCUCUUUUUUCUGUGUGCUCCACUGGCACCUACUUGCGAAUCUGGCCUUGAGGGAGGACAGCCUCCCAAGAGGAGAGUGAAUGCCUCUCCUACCAAUAUUCUUGGACGUCUAAUCUCAGUUUCGGGCGUGCAUCCACACUCCUGCUCCAGGCUGCCCUGCGGAGCACAGCAUGGGAAGCAUGAAGAGUUGAUUGACUGAGAAAAAAGGCCUCUGUGAUCACAUGAAUAGGGUUCUUUUUUUUUCUUUUUCUUUUUUGUACCGGGGAUCGAACUCGGGACCUUAUGCUUACAAGGAAGGUGGUGGAACCACUGAGCUAAAUCCCCAGCCUCAUCAAAUGAAUAGGGAGAGAGAUGCCUUGGACCCUUGGGGCCUGUUCCCUCCUUUUGAUGGUCAUGUAAAUUUGGCCUUAAUUGUGAAGAUGUGUAUGUCCAUGAGGACAAAAUCCUGGUUGUUGGCAUGGGUGCUUCCUAUCAUGUAAAACUUACUGUCAUGAUUUAGAAAGGCCUCUCGUUCCAUGGAACAGUGCCACACAGUGGUACUGAUCCAAGGGGCAGGUUUGGCCCUGGGACACCCAUGUUCAUUAUCAAUUUAUCUUCUUGCCAGCUCUGCCUCGAGAGGUCAUGAGACCUCUGGCUCUAGCUGGCCUUAUACCUAACCAUCUACUGAGGAAAGAGCAUUGUCUUCCCAGCUCAGAAUUCAGUCUGAUUAGAACUAGGAGGAGACUCUUGACCCAAACAUGAAGGAAAAGGUGAGGACAACAGGCUAUGGGCAUUACUACUCUCCAACACCCCAUCGCCUGAUAAUGCAGAGGGAUUUGUGCAUUCCUGACCACAGUGCAACCAACAUGUGUUCUCACAGAUACCAACCUAUUAUACAGCAUCAGGCUACAGUCUUCUUUGGGUGAGGAGAUCAAAGGUCCUAGAAUGUUGAAACACAUGUUGACACAGAUAAUUUUACACAUGUAACUAGCACAAGCAUAGAAAUGCACAGAACCGAAACAUGCUCCCAACAGACUUUUUGGAACUUGCCAAAUGAAUGCUGACAGUAGAGUAUUAUGUGCCAAGGCCUGCUCAGCCUGUGCCCAGGAGGGUAUUCAGCAAGCCAACCUCAUUAUCCUCCUGGCUGAUUGUUUCCCAGCUUUUGGAUGCCUGGGCUUCUUUCUGGGAAGAAGAUGGUGGGCUGUAUCCUGCUUAUUGCUCCCCUGGGAAGGGCUAUGGGGAGAUGGAAAUACAGAUUGUGGGCUCAUUUCUACAGAUGGCUUGACUUGUUCUCAUCUCCUCUGGUCUGGUUACAGAGGGACAAGUCUGAGCAAGUGUUUCUACUAAUAAUAACUAAGCAUUGGUGUUUGUGUAUAUGGGAAAUAUGGGUGCAUAUAUUUAUACCUGACAUUUGGGGUGAGAAGCAUGUGGAUUUUUAGACAAGGCAUUUAGGAGUAGGUGCUUAGAGUUUAAUUGUUGCAAAUAGAUCUAAGUCAACUGGU